UGGGCAGUGCGUUCAGGGCUUAGGAGAAAGUCAAUACACUUCCCCACCUGAAUCGAUUCCAGUUGCUUCCCGAAGAGCAGGUUUGCACCUAUGACAUCCCUGGAGAGAGGCAGGCCGCUAACCCGGACAAGAAGGUCGUGAAGGGCGUGUGGCAGGUCUGCGCGGCCUGCAGGCCGUCUGUAUGCACUCCACCACCCCCAUCAGCUCGCUCUUCUCCUUCACCAGCCCAGCAGUGAAGAGACUGCUAGGCUGGAAGCAAGGAGAUGAAGAGGAGAAGUGGGCGGAGAAGGCGGUGGACUCUCUAGUGAAGAAGUUGAAGAAGAAGAAGGGGGCCAUGGACGAGCUGGAGAGGGCGCUCAGCUGCCCUGGGCAGCCCAGCAAGUGCGUCACCAUCCCCCGCUCCCUGGACGGGCGGCUGCAGGUGUCCCACCGCAAGGGGCUGCCCCACGUCAUUUACUGCCGAGUGUGGCGCUGGCCCGACCUGCAGUCCCACCACGAGUUGAAGCCACUGGAAUGCUGUGAGUUCCCCUUUGGCUCCAAGCAGAAGGAGGUGUGCAUUAACCCAUACCACUACCGCCGGGUGGAGACGCCAGCCUUCUCACAGUCCCCGUGCACGGCCAGCUACCCUCAUUCCCCGGGAAGUCCUUCAGAGCCAGAGAGUCCAUUUCAACACUCAGACUUUCGGCCAGUGUGUUACGAGGAGCCCCAGCACUGGUGCUCAGUUGCCUACUAUGAACUGAACAACCGCGUUGGGGAGACGUUCCAGGCUUCCUCCCGGAGUGUGCUCAUAGAUGGCUUCACUGACCCUUCCAAUAACAGGAACAGGUUCUGCCUUGGACUGCUUUCUAAUGUAAAUAGGAACUCAACGAUAGAAAACACCAGGAGACACAUAGGAAAGGGUGUGCACUUGUACUAUGUCGGGGGAGAGGUGUAUGCCGAGUGCGUGAGUGACAGCAGCAUCUUUGUGCAGAGCCGGAAUUGCAACUAUCAGCACGGCUUCCACCCGGCCACUGUCUGCAAGAUCCCCAGCGGGUGCAGCCUCAAGGUCUUCAACAACCAGCUGUUUGCUCAGUUGCUGGCCCAGUCAGUGCACCAUGGCUUCGAAGUCGUUUAUGAGUUAACUAAGAUGUGCACCAUCCGGAUGAGUUUUGUUAAGGGUUGGGGAGCUGAGUAUCACCGCCAGGAUGUGACGAGCACCCCCUGCUGGAUUGAAGUCCAUCUUCAUGGACCGCUGCAGUGGUUGGACAAAGUUCUGACUCAGAUGGGCUCCCCCCAUAACCCGAUUUCUUCAGUAUCUUAACAGUCAUGUCUU